UCUUCCCUUUCUUGAUUUCCUUUCUCUCCAUUACCCCAAAAACAAAGCCUUGGAAAUUUUGUUUUGGCCAUGACAACCUAUGGCACGAUCCCGACUUCCUCAUUGCCCUCGGCAAACCUCAAAUACCUUUCUCGAGCCAAAGACCGUAUUCAAGAGGGCCUCGGAGCUCGACGUCCAUGGAAACUCAUGUUCAACACCCACUCCAUCAACCUCCCUCGGACUCUCUCCGAAGCCAUUUCCAGGUUCAAAACUAACGUGUGUUACUUCCGCAUGAAUUACACCAUGAUCGUGCUCAUCAUCCUUUUCAUCAGCCUACAAUGGCACCCAAUCUCCCUCGUAGUCCUCGUUAUCAUGAUGGCCCUUUGGUUGUUCUUGUACUUCCUGCGGGACGAACCCUUAGUUGUUUUCAACCGCACGAUCGACGAUUGUGUUAUUCUCAUUGCACUGGGACUUUCUACCUUCGUGUUAUUGCUGUUGAUUGAUGUGACCGGCAACAUUUUGGUUUCGGUUUCGAUCGGUGCGGUUGUCGUCUUGUUGCACACCUCGUUGAGGAAGACAGAUGAUUUGUAUGAUGAAGAAAAUGCUGGCUUGAUUUCUGGACCUUCAUCAUCUUCGUAACUCUGGGUUUCCUUUCUCUCUUUCCAUUGUUUUAAGUGAAUAGUUGAUGAUAAUUGGCAGAGUAAACUGUAUUCUGAAAGUCUGGUUAAGGUUAUUGUUCUUGACGAUUGAUUUGUAUUUUUCUGUGUAUUUGGUAAUAACAUGAUCUUUCACUUUCA